GAUGUUGUUUGAGUUCCAACAUGGCGCGGGGGGGGUUUAUCCUGGAGGGUUUUUGACUUUUGCUGAGCGACUCCAGAACCGCCACUAAACUUUACAGCUCAACCUCUCUCAGCGGAGUAACACACUGCGGGAUUUAUGAAUCCACACUCUUAACUCUGAGCCCGAGUCUAUAACAGCGCUGAUGCUCUGCUGCAACCAUGUUCAGCAAAAAGAAAAAGCAGCGCAUCCAGAUCUCUGCGCCCUCCAACUUCGAGCACCGUGUGCAUACUGACUUUGAUGAGCAGGAGCAGAAAUUUGUGGGACUUCCCCGCCAAUGGCAGAGUCUGAUUGAGGACACGGCCAAGAGGCCGAAACCCUUCAUCGAUGCUACGGUCAUCACCACUGUGGAGCCUCGCAAGACCAUUGUGCGGGGCAGUAAGAUAGGGGUUGAUGGCUCUCUGACAUGGCUGCUGGAUGAGUUUGAGACCAUGUCAGUUAUCCGCUCCAACUCCCUUCGACGAGGCAGCCCACCUACACAGCCCCGCAGUGACUCAGGUUCUAUUGGAAGGCAGGAGAACGGGGAGUACCCCCAUCGGCAACAGAGCGAACGACCUGACCACACUGGAGACAGCAAAGACAGAGAAAGAAUUCGUCAGGAGCAUCCGGGGCCUGACCCCCGGCCGAGGCCAGCUCGGACCUCCCGUGAGGAUGGCCGACCACAGCAGCAGCCCCGUGGCCAAGAACCCAACAGGCACAAGGAACCGCCCCCUCCACCUCAUAGAGAACGUGCUAGAGACCGUGAACGUGAGCGUGAAGGAGAACGAGAGCCUCGCGAGUACCAUGACCAGGUGGUUCGGAGGGAGGGGGCUAAUGAUAAAAGGCCCAAAUCCAGCUACGCAGUACGGGAUAGUAGCCCACAGUCCCCACGGGACAAGAGACCGCUCUCUGGACCGAACAUUCGCACACCCAACCUGCCUGUAACAGAAGGGGUAAUCAAGACUGCACAGCAAGGACGGCCAUUUAACACUUACCCCCGUACAGAAAGCGACACAGUAAGAAAUCCCAGCAAUCAGGACUUGAAGACAGGCAGAACACAAGAGCCUCCCCACCAUAAUGGCCCUUCCAGCGCUGCAAGCCGAACUGGAGGCAGCGGGGGUAAAGCUACUUCCCGAGGGGAACCCCAGCAGCAUCACACAUCUCACCCAGCUCUAGGUCCAGAUUCACACAGCCAGCAGCUUCCCCCAGCGCCCAGACCACCUGCACCCCCUAGCUCUCAACAGCAAGGCCGCUCUCCACAGAGGGAGCCUCAGCGGGUUUCUCAUGAGCAGUUCCGUGCAGCUUUGCAGAUGGUGGUGGACCCCGGGGACCCACGCACCUACCUGGAUCACUACAUCAAGAUCGGCGAAGGCUCCACCGGCAUCGUGUGUAUUGCAACGGUUAAGAGCACAGGAAAGCUGGUGGCUGUGAAAAAGAUGGACCUGCGCAAACAGCAACGGCGAGAGCUGCUCUUUAAUGAGGUGGUGAUCAUGCGAGAUUAUCAUCAUGAGAACGUUGUGGAGAUGUACAAUAGUUACUUAGUGGGAGAUGAACUAUGGGUUGUCAUGGAGUUCCUUGAAGGUGGAGCACUUACGGACAUUGUCACACAUACCAGGAUGAAUGAGGAGCAGAUUGCCACUGUGUGUCUGUCUGUCCUGAAGGCUUUGUCAGUGCUGCAUGUCCAGGGUGUCAUCCACAGAGACAUUAAGAGUGACUCCAUUCUGCUAACUCACGAUGGCAGAGUAAAGCUGUCUGACUUUGGCUUCUGCGCUCAAGUCUCAAAAGAGGUCCAGCGAAGAAAGUCACUUGUUGGGACGCCAUACUGGAUGGCUCCUGAGCUCAUCUCAAGAUUGCCAUAUGGACCAGAGGUGGAUAUUUGGUCUCUUGGCAUUAUGGUGAUUGAGAUGGUUGAUGGAGAGCCUCCAUAUUUCAAUGAACCUCCACUGAAAGCAAUGAAGAUGAUUCGUGACAACCUUCCACCCAAACUGAAGAACCUCCACAAGGUCUCACCACUUCUCAAGGGCUUCUUGGACAGGAUGCUUGUUCGAGACCCUGGCCAGAGGGCUACAGCCCAGGAACUGCUCAAGCACCCAUUCCUCAGCAAAUCCGGCCCACCAUCCUGCAUCGUGCCCCUCAUGAGGCAGAACCGCAUGAGAUGAGAGCGAGAACCUCAAAGACCCUCAGCUGAGCUCAAAGCACUGUCCCUUUGAGGCAGGACCCUUGCAGAGAGAUGCUGCUCUGCACCCUUUAGAUACUGUUUGCCUUCUGGUCAACCAUUUGAAAGGACGGACCCAACUUGUAGGUACUGUGAUGAGUACACACUACGCAUGGCCAGAAAAGACUGAAAAAGAAGCAUUUAAGGAAAUCACUGAGGAUUCAAAACAAUGCUUUUGUAAAAAGAUGUAUGGUCCAUCUUUGGUAAUGAGAGAAGUUGGUCCUUUUGUUCCUCUUUUCAUUUUAGAGGGUUUUUGGAUCCUUUUUCUUUUUUGGGAAGCAUGAUCUCUCUGUGGCUGCGUUUCUAGGUGAAGUCAUGAAAGACAUUCUUUCACCAAUCUGAACUUCCUGGAGCUGCUUUUUUUCCUCUCUACAGUGGAAACAAGUGUUUUUCUUACUAAACUCAACCCAAGCUUCACCUCCUGCACCACAACCACUUUCCUACUUCAGAUGUUCACGGUUAAAAGAAGAAAAAAGAAAACUACUGAAAGAAGAGCUAUAUUUUUACUUUAUCAAAUGAAUUAAACACUAAUACACUAGGCUCCUGUUACAACACUACACUAGUUAGGUUAACACUGGAAGUGUGCUUUUACUUCAGACCAUUUGUAGUCUUUUGGAAGUUUGAUAAAGAGUUAUGUAAUUUUUAUAUAUUGUGAAUUUUUCUUUUCUUUUUUUCUACUUAAGGUGACAGUGAAGCACUGUUUUGAGAUUGAGGCUGCACUCCCGUUUUUUAAAAACUCUACAAAUAACUGAUUCCAGCAUAUUUUAUGAGAAAUGACUAGAAAACAGAAUGAAAUCACCCUUCUGUUUAAUUCCUUUCCUUUUUAUAAAAACAAAAUACCUGGGGAGGGGGUGGAGGAGCGUGUUUUGAAGACUUUCUUGUAUCAAAGCACCAUAUUUUUGUGGUUGCAGACACUGACUGUUACAAAAGUCUUCCCAUUGCAGGGCUGUGUGAGACUGAGACAGCUUUUUGAAAAGCUCUACCUGUCCUAUUGACACACGGCUAGCUGUUUCAGUACUUCUGCGUCUUUACCUAUGCAGAAUUUAAUCCUAUAAGGUGUGAUCUGUUGCAGGAAUGAGGGCUGCACUGCAUGAAUGUAUUGAUAACAUUACUUUAUUGCUGGCUACCAAGGUUGUGAGGGGCUGCUGGCCACAGCAUUUUAGGCUCCCGAUCUAACACUGCCCACUGAUUUUAGCACGGGUUGUGGAUUAGUGUAGUCAGGUGUGGAAAAUCGGGGAAGAAAAUGCUAACCGCUAAACAAUAAGGUGCUCUGCUGUGCCUUCAGGACUUACUAACUCCCCUGAUUCCCCUGCUGUCUUGUCCUAGGGUUACUUGUUACUAGGGCUAAAGUUUAUUAGGGCUGAUGUCUAAGCAAAGGAUAUGUGAACUAGAGCUGUGGAGACUUAGCUUAAUCCAACUGUGAAGCAGCUGCUACAGCAACAGUGUCCGCUGUGUAGACUUUGUGCUUGAACUCUACCACAAAGCACCAGCUACCUAAUGUAGCUGCAUAGACACACAUACAAGCACACAUUUGCUAUCGCUGUGUGUAUGUAGCAAGCCGUCAGUGCCUUGGUCUCUAGUCCUAGGCUUCUAAGGCUAGUAGCAUGUUAGCUCACACCUAGAGAGUAACCAAAGAGCAUUGAGAAAGUGGGCUGAGAAAUUCUUUUUUUCUGUACAACCUGGUACAAGCUAAUAAGACAAAUUGAUUCUUUGACCCUUAGCAAUAGAAAACUCGUUUUGGUGCUAUACAGAACCAAUUACAAAUGCCUGUAUGGGUAGCCUGUAAGGUGUUCCCCUGGUCAGGGACAAGUAAGGGUUAAACCAGAGCCCAAUCUGGGUUGAACUCUGCACACUGGGCUGUAAUAAUAAGGCCCAUUAAAUCCCAGGGUCCCGGUAAAUCACAUGUAUUUACCCACUCGGAGCCCAUUUUCUGAUUUAAAAAAGCUUUCUAACUAGGCAGUGGCUCUAUAUACUAAGGCCAUUUCAGAAGAAAAACAUGUUUAAAUAGUCUGUAACUAACCACAAACUUACAAAAUCACACACUACACACUACUACACAGCAUUUCUGAAUUUCUUGUCAUGAUUCUGUAUGUUUGCUUCUUCUGUCACACGUUUAGACCUUAAGUGUAUGAGUGGAUUGACUGGCUGAUCGAAUCAGACAAUGUGUUGAUCUGUUGGGCAAGAUGUAAAGUUGAAGUAAUUAAAAUCAAGGAGAGUAGCCGCACAGGAUCAGUUUAAUUCUCAUUUAGUUUUAACAUUUAUUGGUUAUUGGAGAGAUGUCCUAUAGAAAGCGGUUAGAUUGAAGGAGGCCGGUUAAUUUUGUAUAUAUUUUGUGAUUUUUUUUUUUUUUUUGUGGUCCUGAUGACCAAACAUCUCUAAUUCACUCUAGUUGUAGGAAUGAAAUCUACAUGAGAUCAGAUCUAGUGAACAUAAUGAGGUGAAAUGUGUGAAUAGUUUUUAAUUGUUAUUUUCUAGUAACAUUUGUUUUAACAUAAGCAAACAAAAAAAGAAGAGUGCUCCAAUUUUCUGGAGGUGAAGCAUGAAACAAAAAAUGACAAUCAGAUGUCUAAAAUGUGUAAAAAAAAAAAAUAUAUGACCUAAUAUGAAGUGCUAACAUUUUAAUGACCAAGAAAGUAGAUUUAAGAAAGUUUAGCAACAGAAUGAGCAAAUUAAUUAAUUAAUUAAUUAUUCCGGGCAACCAAAUAGAAUUGGUAGAAUUGGACAAAUUGCUGAAAGACAGUGGAGUACAUUCAGUUUUAGAUAUUUGACACACACAGCCUAGUCGCUAUCCUCGGCUUCCGGGGUUUUCAGAAGGUGUCUUGCCACAAGGAUGACCCUUAAACGGUCAAGUAAGUGUUACACUGACAUACUCUUGUUGUUUAGUGUAACAGUUAUCGGUUUGAUUUCCUGACUGAUUCAGGCUAAAUUUGAAAACUCUUAUUUUGUGCAUUCAGUAUAGUGAAGAAGAAAUUGGAUUUAUUUAAUUUUUCCAGUCUUCUAGUUAGUUUUUGACUUCUGCCCCACACCAUCUGUAUUUGAUUUUCAAAAUGGUAAAAUCUGAAAAUUUGAGGAGUACAAAAUUGAGAAAAUUACCCACUUCUGUAUUACACUAUGUGAGAAAAUAAUAAGGUUUUACGCCCAAUUUUUGUUUUCGAAUUUAGCUUUAAAUGUUCAGAAGACUUUACUAAUAAAUGCUACACUGACCCUUGCUCUCUUUCUCUCUACCAAUUAAGAUCUUAAGUCAUCAGACACUGUUGGGAUACUGGGCCUUGAGCAUUCCUUUAAGAACAUACAGCCUUAAAGCUUUAAAAAAACAACAACUAUCCAUUCCACACUACAGGGCACAUGCCGUUGUGUCUGCAGACACUACAGUCUAUGAUUAUUGAAUUGAGUUUGAGUCUUCCUUUGAUGACACAUCUGCAAAUUCCAGUGAGGAUGCGUCUGUAUAUCCUCAAGCCUUAUUUCUGCUGUUAGGAAUCUGUAAAUGGAAAAUACUGUACUCUGAGAGACAUUUCUGUGUUUGAGUUUGUUUUGGGUAACCUCUAUGAAUGUCCGUCCUGUCUGUCUUUCCUAUUUUGUUGUACUAAAAAAGAGGUACAUUAAUGAAGCCGGUGCAUUCCCCAUUUCUAAGCAAGAUGUGAUAAUUUUUGAUUUAUUAUAUUUUAUUGUCUCUUAUUUUUUCAGUACUUUAAAUAUGGCUCACAUCUUUGAUUGAAAAAUCCAGCUCAAAACUGUUGUUUACUGGUAGCUGGUUUCAGGUGAUCUAAGCUGAUCUGAGUCUUUGCUGAUUAAAGUAAAAAGCAGACCAGUUGGUUUCAUUGGAGUUUGAUGGAUUAGCUGGUCAACAUGCUGGUCAUAGUGGUUGAUUAGUAGGGCUGUGUUUUAACACCUGAGACUAUUAUUUAAAUACCAAUUCCCUGAUUUCAAAAAUCGGGACAUUGUUGCAAUACAAAAUAUUGCAAUAAUUCAAUAUAUCAGCAUUUUCAUACACAUCUACUAAGUUGAUCAGGCCUAUCAUACAAGUGGGCCAGUAUAGUUAGUCAUGCCUGUGAACCAAGUUGGGUCUACUGACCAAUGUUCUUGGUUAUGCUGGUUCAUGCUUAUGGUUAAUGAGCCAGUCAGUGUGGUCAUGCUGUUGGACACUUAAACCAUCAAACUCCUAUUAAACACCAACAUACCCAAUGCUGGUCAAAGUCUGUUUAUUCCAUUAGAUAAGAAAACUGGAAAGUCCAGUUCAGAAACGGUUCAGAAAAGCUUUGCUUUGGAAAUAAACAUCAUCUUCAGCGCUCUUCAGUGUGGAGGUUAAGUAUCUUUCUGAUAAGCAUGUGCACAUUUCUGAUGCUCGUUCGUCUGUAUGUAGAAGUAUAAUCUUUAGCUUGUGCAGAAUGUGGGCUGAUUCAUGCGUUACCAUAUCAGCACUUAACUUGAUCUGAUACCAGUGUGGUUCAAAGCCAUUAUUCGCUGAUACAGAUAUGGUACUGAUGCUAUCAAACAGACCUAAUACUUCGCCUCCUAUCAGAUCAGUACAGUCGGCCACUAUACCACUAAUUGAGCUUGCUUAUUCAGCCAGUGGCUGGCUGUACAUUUUAAGGCUUGUUUCUAAAAACCUGUGAUGUCUGUUCUUUUAAACAUUCUCUGUAAUCAUAUUACUGUUUUGUUUUGUUCAUGUCAGUGAAUCAGUUUGUUUAAUGAAAUUUGGAAUAUGAACACAAUAAUACUGUUGGAUAUAGGAUUGUAAUGCCAUGUAAACAUGAUGAUUUAGACAUGACUUAAGUCUUUAGAACUCAUGAAUUUAGAAGAAUGAUAAUUUGAAAGCCCUGAAUCCUGGACUGCGACUACUACUGACAGGCCUGCUAAUGUAUGUAUGUGAAAUAUCACAGAAUUCAAUCAGUGUUUUUUCUCUCUUAAUCUGUAGUCACGUUAUGCAUAAACUCCACAAUUUGAUAGUCAACUGAUACCAGUUCCCUCCAUGAUUUCGUGAUUUUUUUUGUUGUUGUUAAAAGAACUUUCAGCUUUGCAGUUGUUCUGAUGUUUGCAAAUACAUUUUUUCCUCACACAA